GCUCCUGAGAUGCUACACUUAGCUUAAAGUCAGGUGUAUGUUUACAAACUUCCGCAACCUUUAAACAAAGUAUUGAAGAACAGCUUUUGCCAUUCAAAGCUGAGUUGUGGAAUAAUCACAGGAAUAAUUUGAGUGUCUGAAAAUAAAUGAAAAUCAAGACAAUGGCUGUUCUGCUGCUGGUUCUGCUGCUCUGUGCUGGAAGCUCAAUUGCUCAAGAUUUAUUGUCACCAAGUGUGAACAUUAUUGCUGAGUUCAAGAAGCUAAAUCACAUGGAUCGAAGGAUACAAAAACUAGAAGAAACACUGACCAAAGUAUUGAGUGAGAAUGAAGCUUUGAAAACCUUAGUACAAGAUUCACAAAAAAAGCUUGAAUCUCUCCAAAAAGAGAAUGAAGGCAAAAAGGUUGCUUUCUCAGCUGGACUUCUGGCUUCUGGAACAGGUCAAAUUGGACCCUUUAGUUAUUACAAAAAUCUGGAAUACAAAAAAGUCUUUAGUAAUGUUGGAAAUGCCUACGACUCAAAUACCGGUAUUUUCACAGCACCAGUAAAAGGAGUCUAUUACUUCAGAUUUUACGGUCAUUGUCAUGGUGGAACCACAAUGGCGAUCACUCUCUUGAAGAAUGGUCAAAACCAGUGCUCUGUACAUGACUGGAAGCCUGAUAGCAAUGGUAACGCCAGCAAUGGUGUCGUUCUCACACUGGAGAUCGGUGACAAGAUUAAUACAGUACUGUGGAAGGACACCUGGGUUUAUGAUGAUCCUGCAAGUUACACUAGUUUCAGUGGCUUUAUGAUUUUCCCCUUGUAAACUCCUAAAUCAUUUGUAACUCAUAUCCAGUGCCGGAUGUGAUGCAAAACACAACUGUUCCUGUAUAUGUGAACUGUAUCUGAGUAAAUAAGAGCAAAUAGGGACAACGAAAGGGAGAUCAUUGUUUAUGCUUCUUAGUUACGAUAUGUUUAAGGACUUCUUCUUCAUACUUCUUUCUUAAGUCUGAAAAUAAACCAAACAUGUCAUCAAAUUAUGAUUCA